AUGUAAAUUGAAGAAUAGCAGUAGGAUAACUUGGGACAAAGAAGAAUCGUAAAACCAGUUAGUGAGACUCAAACCUCUGCCGCCGGCCAGCACAAAAUCCUCCGGCGAAGUUCACCUCUAUUCUCUUUCAUCCAUGGAUUCUCUUCCCAACACCUUCAAUCCAAACAAACGUCUCAAAGAAGAAUUUGUGAGCAAUUUGAGUGGAUCGUCGAUGAUGGAGAUUGCCGCACUUACCACGAUAAUCCCUAUUCUGAUACUUCUCCGGCACUCAGUUGGCUCUCAUCGUGCCGUCGAUGUCGUAUCAAAGAAAAAUGAUGAUGCAGUACUUGGUUCUAAGGGAUGGGCAGCUUACAUGGCUUCAAUGUCUCUUGAUUUUCUUCUCAUUAUAGUUCCAAUCGUCUUAGUUUACACUGUUUUGGCAGAGUGGAUGUAUAUCUGGGCAACUUUGUUGAUAUUGUUACUGCUUUUCAGUAUUGCAGCCAAAAGGUUUGGUUCCUAUUCUACUUUGAAGGAAGAUCCCUAUUCUAUAAGGCAAAUUAUUUCAUCUUACAGAGUUGCUACGAUGAUCAUAACAUGCGUCUGUAUCUUGGCUGUUGACUUCACAAUAUUCCCUAGAAGAUAUGCCAAGACCGAGACUUAUGGUACUGGCUGGAUGGAUCUUGGGGUUGGCUCAUUUGUCAUAGCAAAUUCAUUAGUUUCACGGCAAGCACGAAAUAUAUCAUCAAGGUCAUGGAAGACUGCUAUUCAAUCUGCUAGUCCACUAAUUAUCCUUGGGUUUGCCCGUCUUCUGUCUACCACAGGCGUGGACUAUCAGCUUCAUGUGGCGGAAUAUGGAGUGCACUGGAAUUUCUUUUUCACACUUGCUGCGAUAUCAAUUCUUACAUCCAUAAUUAAUAUUCCCGCGCAGUAUUCUGGCAUUCUUGGCUCACUAAUUCUAGUAGGUUACCAAGUUUGCUUGAUGCAUGGGUUAAACUCGUAUCUGCUUUCUAAUGAAAGGGGAACUGAUAUAAUCAGCCAAAAUAAGGAGGGGUUUUUUAGCAUAUUUGGAUAUUGGGGUAUGUACCUUGUUGGUGUCCAAUUGGGAAACUUUCUUCUAUUCAAUAACCAUUCCUCUGCUACAAUGGGAAGCAAUAAAUGGGCAACAAUUAGAGUUUGGAUACUUUCACUUCUCCUUUGGUUAUUAACUGUGAUUAUAGACCGCCACGUAGAGAGAGUUUCCCGUAGGAUGUGCAACCUGGCCUAUGUUACACUGGUUUUGGCUGUAAAUUUACAGGUGUUGGCAAUAUUUCUUCUCUCUGAUUUUCUCCCCGGAAGCAAAACUUCAGUGCUGGAAGAAGCAUAUAACCGCAAUUUGCUGGGGACAUUUCUUCUGGCGAAUUUGCUCACGGGUUUGGUGAACUUGAUGGUGGAAACCCUGUUUGCAUCGGCAGCCAAAGCCCUUUUUAUUUUAAUUGCCUAUACAUUUUCGACGACCUUCAUCAUUGGAUUGCUAGAUUUCUGCGGCAUCCGGUUGAAAUUUUGGUAGGUCGACCAUCAAAUUGGAAAUCUAAUUAGUUAAGGACAUGAAUUAAAUGAAAUCACCAGAAAUCCUAUGAAGUUGUUACUGUUGAUGACAAUUGUUUUUAUGUUCCUUCUCCGAGCCGCCUAUGUUUACAACUGAGCCACCCAACCCAACACACAUACGCACAAGCGCGCGCACACGCACAGAGACAAGAAGGUCCUUUUGCACUUCUGGAAUGAGAUUGAAAACAUUAACGCUUCGUAUCCUGAACUACUGUAACGCUUUGUAACAUACUAAUUGAUUAGCGCUGUUGCGGGUUUUAAAAAUUAGUCAAUUGGUGUUCAUUGUAAGGGGUAAAGAAUUUGUAGUUAACGCCACAGUUUAAUCUUGCUUUCUCUUCUAGUGCA